ACAGACAUUGACUCUGCAGUCUUAACCAGCGUAUGGCGAUCCAAAGAAGUUUUUUUAGUGUACACCUGACGACGGUAAAUAAUUAUUUUGUUCAAUAAUAUUCGCGCUUUCUCUAGAACAGUAACACUUACCUUUACGUUAUCCGUUAUAUUUUCUGCACAUGAUUUGAAUGUAACGUGUGUGAAUUUAUUGUUUUUGUAAUAUAACCAUUAGUGUGUCUUGUGAGUACAAUCAAAAAUACUUUACCGAUCAAGAAAUAAUCACUUUACUGUACACUAAAAACAUCAACCGUAAGAAAACAUCAUAAUAAUAAUCGAUAUUUUGUCUCUGUUCUCUCUUAUUUAAUAUAAAAGUCACCGUAUAUCGUCACAAGUGUUAGUUGGUCAAGAGUUCCGUAAGGUCAUUGUCGCUGACACAUAAGUUCACAAUGUUCGCCGACAAGCAAACGCCACAUAAAAACACAGAUGGUGUCACCGCCACCGCAAGUUUAUGACGAAAUAAUCUGCACUAUAAAAUGUACUGGAUUCAUCAUCGGAAUCGAGGAAAACACCUGUGUAUAAUAUUUAUUGCAUGACGUACUCUAAGUUUUGUUUAAAAGUAUGAAACAAAACGUUAUGUAUCCAGAACACAGUUUUACAAUGUCGGCAUUGGUCAUCAUUUUCUCUGCUACUUUAUUGGCUUUUGUGGGAACAACAACAGCACAAGGUCAACAGCAGAGAUUCUUUUUGCCUUCAUCAAAUAAUGGAAAUUUUGCUUUACCUCGAGUACAAUUUCAAGAAGAUGCAAAUAGUGCUGAAUUGAUUUUACCUCAACGUAAACUAUCUUCUGCAGAUCCUUUACCACUAUCUAAUCCUAGUUCAUCUAGUUUUUUUUCAUCUCAACAACAGCUUCCACCAGGAACAUUUACAAAUUCUGGACCGUUUUCACGGCCACCAAAUGUUCAACCAUUUAUUUUAAACGGACAGCAAACACAGUUUCAACCACUUCGAAACCCAGGUUCUUUAAGUUUCGUUGAUUCUGUUUCACCACCAUCCUUCUUUCAACAAGCGCCACAGCGUUCACCAACAUUAUCACCACCACCACAACAACAACAACAACAACCAUUAACACAACAGCAGUUUAGUUUUUUUCCAAGUAAUUCUCAACAACGAUUUCGAUCGGGUAUACAGCAAAGACAACAACAACAACAACGAACAGAACAACCAGAUUCUACAGAUAAUUUUGAUGAACAUACAAAUGCACAAUCCUCGUUAAUAUUAAAACAAUCAAGUCAAGAAGGCUUUAAUAGUGAUACUUCUCGCCGUCCUUUAUCUCAAACUAACGGAGUGAUACCCAGAAAUCCUUCACCUACAGGAUCCAUUAGAUGGUGGAAUCCUACAACGGCCGAUUCAGAAUCAGUGGCAGUAAGCAAUGGUGACUCAGUAGAUGGGAUAAAUACAAAAGACGAUACUGUAGAAUUAACUAAUCAAAGACAAAACCAACCACCAAAACGUGGACGCGGUCAACCGCAACAGGCUAAGCGAAGACCCAUAACUACACCAGAGCCAUCUUCAAUUAUUAACCUAGAAGAACAACAAGAACCAGCCGCUAUUGGAUUUACAGUAAUACAUGAUGAGAAUGAUGAUCGACCAUCGUGGUCUCAACCAAUAAUUACUACACAUAGGCCACAACCUGGGCCAAAUGCUUUUAGAAAUAGAAAUCAACCUGCAGUAGUUUCAGGAUCGGUGAUAAAUCGACGGCCUACUACACUUAGUCCAUUAUCUAUUUUAGAAUCUUCUUCUACGACUAUACGAUCUGCGUCCCAGCAACCUUCAGCAUUAUUUGGAACAGUUAAUAGACAACAAACAACUACUGUAAGAAGUAGAAAAUCGUCCUUGUUUCCUACAACCACUACUACAAUGAAUACUUUAGAUUAUGAACAGGAAGAAGAAGACGAAGAAGAACAAACUGUGGAAGAAAAACGUCAAUUCCAACCACGAAAGUCUACAACAACAUCACAACCACCUACAGUUCCAAUUACUACGUUGAGAACUGCUCUAAGACCAAAAAUUAAUUCUCUAACAACUGCAAAUCCACAACAACAACGAAUGAAAAAAAUUGUAAAUAACCCAGCAAUAAUUCAAAGCAUAAACACCAGAAAACCAUCAAUAACAAGUACUAGUACAUCAGCUCCCACAACUACUACAGAACGUGAAAUAGUAGACGAAUAUGAAGAAUACGAAGAUAUAGAACAUACAACAACAGCUUUUACAACAACUGAGCUACCAUCAAAUAAGAAACAAACAAAAAUUCCAUUAGAAAAUCAACCAUCCAUAGUGACAAUAAAUCAGAAAAAUAAUAAUAAUUCAAUAACAACUACUGAAGGUUGGGUUGUAGUAGCAAGUGUACAAACCAGUAGAUCAGUUUCAUCAUCAUCUUCAAUUACGGGAGGUGGAACAAAUAAGAAUCAUUCUGUGCAAGAGUUAACAACGUCUACAGCAACUACUCCUACAACGAAGCACAGGUUCAAUAAUAAACCUAUAAUAACAACUACUAGCACAACAACAGUAGAAAGUAUCAUCGAUAAAUUAGAUAGAGUUCAAUCGGAACUUUCAAAUGGUAUAUUGUAUGGUAGCUCUUCUAAUACAAAUAAUGGAAGUCGUAUUUUGACUGAUAUGCAGAGUAGUGGUAACAAUGAUGAUAAACGAAAUGAUGUGAUUAUAUCAUCAUUUACAACUCCAAUCACUGAAAAAUCAACCAAGACUUUAACAAGUACAAUGAUCCCCACAACUACUACUACAAGUACCACUAUUACUUCAAGUUCUCCCAUUACUACCACAUCUUUUAGUACUACCAGUGCUCCCAGUACUACUACAAAAUCUGAAAAAGAAGAAGACGAGGACGAGGAUAAAGAUGAAGAAGAAAAAGAAGAAGAAUCGGAUGACUCCGAUAAAGAAACAACGUUUGUUCGAAAAUUUGUACCUAAUAAACAGAGAACUACAACUGUUGCUUCUAUUACUACAACUAGUACAGUAAAACCUUCAAUUCAAGCUGGAAAGAAAAAUAGAUUAAUAGAUUCUGUUAAAUUUGAUGAUUUAUUAACUAGUGGAUUACUUCCAGCUGGAUUUAAUCCAAAACCACCUCCAGCAUAUAAAUCUAAGACGAUUACAACCACGACUACAACUGAAACACCUUUACCAGUUACUAAUAACAUUAGUAGUUCUCAAGCAAAAAGUAAUAAUAGUAGUAUUUAUACUAAUACUACACCAAGUACAAUUACAGCAAAAUCAAAAUUAUCAGGUUUGAAUAUUAAAUUUGUAGAUGACUCAUCAGCAUUAGCUUCGCUGUUACCACCAGGAUUUAAAUUAGAAGAUGCUAUUAAACCUGUUGAAAUCUUGUCACCUUCUCUAUUACCACCAGGAUUCAAAUUACCUACUGAAAAUGGUGAAACUACUAAUAAAAAUAAAGAACAAGAAUCGAUUACAAUAACUGCUAUACCAACGACUGACGUUCCGUUAACUACUACAACAACAACGAUGGCUAGUAGUACAUCAGGAAUAGUUUUUCCUAAUAGUGGAAAAGGCACAAAUAGCUCUGGAACCAGGAAGCCAUUGCCUUCUAAUAAAAAAAUGCAAGGUGCAGUAACUAUAGCUCCUACUAUUCAAAAGGGAUGGCCAGUUAGGGUUGUAACUGAGUUCACUGGCUGGUCUACUCCAUCAACAACGCCAUUAUCUAUUGAAAAAUUGUUACAGCAAUCAAAAGCAUCUGAAUUAGCUGCUAUGACAUCUACUUUAGAGCCAACUACUAGCACUACAACUACUACAACGACUACUACAACUACUAUGAAACCACCACCAACUACUACCCCUGGCCAGUGUUCUGAAAAUGACUCAGUGUGUGAACUUGUCGGUACUGUGCGAAUAGUUGGUUCUGGAACAGAAAAAUGGGUACCUGAGUUAUUAGACCACAAUACUGCAGAAUGGAGGUUACUAGCAAACGAAAUUGAAACUCAACUAGAUAAAGUAUACAGCAAAUCACCGGCAUUAAGCAAAUGGUAUAAGACAAUAACCAUCGAUUCAUUCAGUCCUGAAAAUAAUGGAAUCAGUAAUGGAAAACCUGAUAAAAAUGCUGGAGUUCUUGUUGAUUUCUUCGUGCAACUUAAUCAACUUGGACGUACAGUCAGUACUGCUGAUAUUCGACGUCUAUUUCAUGAAACAUUACAAAAAGAAGGAAAUCUAGGAUCUUCCGCACAACCAUUACAAAAUGGAAAUGGUGGUGAUUAUGAAGGUCUUUACUUAAAAUUAGGAAGGUUUACUGUUGACCCAGCACGUACAGACUUUAUAGUAUUGCCUAAACCUACUAGAAGUGUGACAGCAACCGCUGGAUCUGAUGAUGCGUGGUUACCACAAUGGGCUGUAGCUGUCAUGGUUAUUGGCCUUGCUUCAUUACUUUUCGUAUUAAUAUUUGGCAUAACAGUGCUCGUAAGUCGUAAUAAAAACAAUAAAAAAAUACCUCCACCGACCCUGCAAGCAUCUAUGAUGUCCGAUGACCAAAAUCAACAUAUAUAUGGCACGGGUAAAAAUGGCCCAACUACUGGAAGUCGUCAUAUGAUGCAUCAUCCACCAUCUCAUUCAACUUCCAACUAUAACAUUAGUUCAUAUGGUUACGAUAAUUAUGCGAUUGAUGAUGAUAUGAUGAUGUUAGAUGAAGACGAUUUAGAAGACGUGGAUCGUUUGUACGACAUGGAUGCGGUUUGGUCCGACCAUGAACACGAAAAAGUCAAAGUUCCGUCGAAUAUUGUGGGGAAAAAGCACCGAGACACACAGCAUGGAGGCCAUUAUGAUAGUUGGCGAUCAACAGCGUUAUCCCCUCAGGCAUUAACACCAGUUCAAACUGGAUAUUAUACUAGCGGUGGUGGUUAUGGUUACGGCACAGAUCCAAGUGGUUACGGAGCUGAAAGACGACAUUACCACCGAGAAGCCACGUCUGUUGCAAAUCCACGAUCGCAUCAUCAUUAUCCCAAUGCUUCUUACACGACUGGACCGAGGAAACCACCUCAGCAGUAUCACCCAGACUACGACACUGAUUUUUAAUACAUUUUUAUUUGUUUUUAAAACGUAAUUUUCAGUUGCCAUUUAAAUUGAUGCGUGUUAAGAAUUUCCAGUAAUAAAUUAAAAGUAUUACUUUGUAUAUAACAAUACUC